AUGAAUCACAUCUUGAAGGGAUAUGAAAGAGCUGUGCGACCCGUACAGAACGCCUCGUCAGCCGUCAUCGUUAAGAUGGGUUUGACCUUAACUCAGAUAUUUGAUAUGGAUGAGAAAAAUCAAGUUCUCGUCACUAAUGUCUGGCUUGAUCAAGAAUGGGACGACGAAUUUUUAAAAUGGGAUCGAGAAAAGUUUGCUAAUAUUAGUAAAAUUAGAAUUCCUUGUCAUAAGAUUUGGCUUCCUGACAUUGUUCUAUAUAACAAUGCGGCUGAGUACACAGAUGGAGUCAUGUCUGCAAAUGCAAUGGUAGAAAACAAUGGUAAUGUUUUCUGGCCAGUACCCACCAAACUUCAAAGCUCUUGUAAAGUGGACGUGACUUACUUUCCUUUCGAUGACCAGAUCUGUAAAAUGAAAUUUGGAUCAUGGACAUACGACGGCUUUCAAGUGGACAUAACAAAUAGGUCACAGGAAGUGGACCUUACUAACUACGUUGUGAACGGUGAAUGGGUUCUCAUCAAUGUCAAAGUUCAAAGAAACGUUGUUCAAUAUACAUGCUGCCCAGAACCAUUUCCGGAUGUGACGUUUUUUGUUCAUAUUCGACGUAGAACCCUUUAUUAUAUGUAUAACGUCAUCUUUCCGUGUAUAAUGAUGUCAGCUCUUACCCUGCUGGUCUUUUGCCUCCCACCGGAUUCUGGGGAAAAGAUAGCACUGGGGAUCACCGUUCUACUCGCCUUUUCUGUCUUUAUGCUUGCGGUGGCAGAAAAUUUACCGGAAACUUCCGAGUUCGUUCCACUUAUCAGUAUCUAUCUCACUAUCGUCAUGUCUUUGACAUCAGUUUCUGUAAUAAUGACAGUAUUCGUGCUAAAUCUCCAUCACAGAGGACCAAAUAGGCACCCAGUGCCGGUGUGGUUACGUAAUUUUCUUCUUGGGCCACUUCAUGAUAUUUUAUGCAUGGGGAAAAGUAAUGGAUUACCGACACUAAACCAGGAACAAAAUCAUCGAAUUUUAAGAACAAUGUCUUUAAGAGCAACAUUAGAAAAUAUUGCUCAGGAACUUCAGAAUGAAGCUCAAUUAGAAAAUGGCGGAAUGGCGGACACAGUUAUUACGGAUGGGCAGGGAACAACGCUCCAUAAUGACAUAAGGUGUGAUGUCAGACUAUUGCCAAAUGAAACGCAUCAAAGACCAAAAAGAGGAAUCCAAGUCAAAAAUUUGCAUACAAAAUCGCACGAAGAGAUUGUUAAAAAUUUACAGGUUAUUUUGGACAAGCAUGAAAAGGAAGAUCAAGAUUUUCAAAUUAUUCAGGAAUGGAGAAAAGUAGCGCAGGUCGUGGAUCGCAUCUUAUUUUGGAUUUUUCUUUUCGGAACAUUAAGUUCAACUAUUAUAGUUCUGGUUAUUACCCCAGCAGCGAAAUGAGUGUUCUCUGUUGUCUUCUUUUGUUACAUCUAUCAAACUUUAAAGUUGAACAAAUACAUCAAAUUUUUGUAUCAUCUUCAUUCUAUUUUCCCAUUUUUCACGUUUGUUUUAUAAGUGAAAACAUGUUUCAAUAUUUGUACAUGUAUAUAUGUAAAUUUAUCAUUUACGA